GUAUCCAUGUAUUUCCAGCAACUCCCGGAAAAGGGGGAAAAUGUGUCCCCAAAUGAAAAUGGAAACUUUUUGCUGAAACUUGGAUAAGUUUUGACACUAUGCAGUCAGCAACAACAACAACACCCUUCUAUCAACUCCUCCUCACCUUCCGACCAAAGCUUCAAACUUUCCAAUCAAAAACUCAAACCCUUUUCUACACUCCAACAAUGGCUUCAGUUUCUGAGUUCAGAACAAGAGUAAAACCACUCUCAGCCUUAGGUAAUUCUUCUUCAUCUUCAUCAACAGUUGCAAAUGAUGAUGGGUCUGUUACAUUGAUGGAGUAUAUGGGUAAGAGAGGUGGAAUUGGUGUGAAUGAUGAUUUGGUGAUUUUGAUUGAUCAUAUACAAUAUGCUUGUAAGAGAAUUGCAGCUCUUAUAGCUUCUCCUUUCAAUUAUACCAUUGAUAUGCCAAGUAGUGGUUCUGAUAGGGAUGCUCCAAAGCCUCUUGAUAUUAUAUCGAAUGAAAUUAUCUUGUCAUCACUUCAAAAAUCUGGAAAAGUUGCUGUCAUGGCUUCUGAAGAAAAUGAUACACCAACUUGGAUAAGUGAUGAUGGUCCAUAUGUGGUCGUGACAGAUCCCCUAGAUGGUUCUCGAAAUAUUGAUGCAUCCAUUCCAACUGGUACAAUUUUCGGUAUUUAUAAACGCCUUGAGGAGCUAGAUGAUCUUCCCACAGAGGAGAAGGCUUUGCUGAAUUCACUCCAAAGUGGAAAUAGGUUGAUAGCUUCUGGCUAUGUUCUCUAUUCAUCUGCAACUAUACUCUGCAUUACCUUUGGCUCUGGGACACAUGCAUUCACUCUCGACCGUUCAACAGGAGACUUCAUUCUGACAAAUCCAAGCAUUAAAAUUCCUCCCCGUGGGCAAAUAUAUUCUGUGAAUGAUGCAAGAUAUUUUGAUUGGCCUGAAGGCUUAAGAAAAUAUAUUGAUACUGUGAGACAAGGAAAGGGUAAAUAUCCUAAGAAGUACUCUGCAAGGUAUAUAUGCUCUCUAGUGGCUGAUCUCCAUCGAACUUUGUUGUAUGGGGGUGUGGCGAUGAAUCCGAGGGACCAUCUUCGUCUUGUUUAUGAAGCAAACCCUCUUAGUUUCAUCGUGGAGCAAGCUGGUGGGAGAGGGUCCGAUGGAAAAAGUAGGAUUCUUUCUCUUCAACCAGUUAAACUGCACCAAAGACUUCCUCUCUUUUUAGGGAGUUCAGAAGACAUGGAAGAGUUGGAAAGUUAUGGAGACAUACAACAAAAAGUAAAUCCUGGUUAUGAGGUUUGAUGCUAUAGCAUUGAAAUUUUGAAUGUUCAACCUUUAUGUUUCCUAACUUAUUUGUAACUAUGUUGUUGUUUAUAUCUGUUGUAUGUAUUGCCUUAUAUCCAUCAUUUGUGUUAAUAGAUUUCUUUCUCUUCACUUUUGUUUUUCUUGGGAGAUGGUUAUUGAUUCAAUGACUUUAAACACACAAAUGAAUACCUCUCUCCUUUUCUUCUCUUCA